AUGGCUCGCCGACAGCAUCUCACCCUGACCUUUGUCUUGGUCCUCAGCGUCUUUUUCACCCUAUCAUACUUCUUCUCUGGGCCCUCUAGCAGCGCCGCUCCCAAGUUGAACGAUGGCCUCGAUGUGCCCCUGAAGGAUGCCCCUCGAUCUGAAUUCGCGGCAGACCUUGAUUCCCUUCCCUCUGGACUACUCGAUGGCGCGUCCAUCGCGCCCAAGCUGGAGAAUGCGACGCUCAAGGCCGAACUUGGCCACGCGACGUGGAAGUUCCUCCACACAAUGAUGGCGCGCUUCCCCGACAAGCCGACCAAGGAGGAUCGCAUGGCCCUCGAGACCUUCAUGCACCUCUUUGCCCGACUCUACCCCUGCGGCCAGUGCGCCGCGCACUUCCAAAAGGUGCUUGCCAAGUACCCUCCCCAGACGAGUAGCCGCAACGCCGCCGCCGGAUGGCUGUGUUUCGCCCACAACAUCGUCAACGAGAGAGUGCACAAGCCUCUGUUCGACUGCGAAAAGAUUGGCGAUUUCUACGAUUGCGGAUGUGGCGACGAGGAUAAGGACAAGGACAAGAAGAAGGCCGUGGAGGGUGCUCAGGCUGAGGGACCGGCACCCGACGCCGAGCUGCACAAGCACUGA